GGAAUACGGAUGGGGAGGGGAAAUAGUUUGGCGGGAAUUGUUUACUGACAGAAAUGAAGCACAAGCUCUCACUCAGGUCACUCAGGUGUUAGUGGUGUGUAACACCAGUGUUAUUUUUCAGGUAUUUUCAGGUACUUUCAGUAAACGUCUUGACAUGAGCAGUUUUCAUCGAGACUGAAGGGAGCGACUGUGGAAAUUCUUCAAACUUCUGUCAUGAGUGUUAAACCUUCUGAAAUUCCUGUCACAAAAUCCACAACUCUUCAAAAAAAGUCCUUUCAGAUUUCUCGCUGGAGCUCUACACCGCUCAAAACUGAUGUCUCGCGUGUCGAAAUCUCUGUCACGGCUUCUGUUUCAGCUCCCGUCAUCCGGUGUUCGCAAAAAACAAGCCGAUUUGUCGCUUGUGGGGGGCGUGGCCUGUCUAAAAUUGUUUUUCUUCCCCAUAUAGUAGUAGUAGCUUUAUAUAGCCUCUAAAGCGAACUACGCAAAUGAAAAAAUGCGCUAAUCAGUGCGAAAGUUAGUUUAAUUUGUUGCUUCACUUCAUUCUCAGAUUAGCAAAGCGAGCUAACUGUACUAGCUGCUUACACUCACCAGAUUUACCAGCGAUCUCUGCUACUUCCUUCCAAGUGUUAUUUUUCUUCCUGACGUCUCUAUACACAUUUAAUGAGAGUUCAUAUAUAUGUCAGGAUAAGAAGAAACUAUGGUUCAUUUUUGGGCGUCAACAAGUUUGGAUUUGUCUCUUUACAAUGUCAUAGCCACUUUGUGACUUGCUAGUGUGAACCUUGGAUUAAUCUCCUUCAUAAGUUGUUCUUGUGUUGCACCUGUUAAAGCUUCUGUCAAAACUCCAGUUAUAAUUGUCGCAACUCAUUUCGCAAUUUCUGUCUCUUUUGCAUUUCUGCCAAACCCGUCGCAACUGUUGUAACUUCAGUCUCAUCUAACCCAGCUUCUAUCACAACCCACUUGUGAAUGUCGUAUCUCCUCUGGCACGUAUUACUGCUGUUGUUUCAUCCGUCUGUCACUGUCUAAUCACAAAUUCUGUCAGAACUAGAACUGCUUUUAACUAGGAAAGCAUCUCAGACCUUCAGAACUCUUUGAGCUUUUUCUGUGUAAAGUAAGAUGGCCUCAGAUCAGCGCAUCCAUAUGGUCACACUGCAUGGUGACCUAGUCAUCUUUCAGUGCAAGCAUCCAAGCUCAAAAGGCUCCGAGAUCACAUUCUGGCGGAUGUCGUUCAAUCGAGACUCGGGCACCUUCUUAAACAAAGACGAUAAAAUAAUCCCCAUGUACGAAAAUGCCUCCAGAGCAGCCAGGAUCGUUCGUUGCACCACUGCCGUGAACGUGAAAACGAGGCAGAGAGUCUUGUGCAUUCUGCUGAGGCUUCACAGGAAGAGAUCUCAAGGGUUUAAGUACAUGCUUUACUCUUUGAACAGUAGGACCAGUGCAAAGCUACACGUGGAAUUUUCAUUGCCUUACGAGAUGGGCAACGACAUCUCGAUUUUGCGUGGACCCACUUUGGUCUGGAGUCAUGAGGACAUUGUCUUCUACACGUCUGCAGAAACUGGUAGCGUGAAGGAAGUCCCGAUACGUCUGAAGGUCAGCUUUCUUGGCGAAUUGCCCCUUCCUCAAAGACAAUUAGCAAUUCUUGGUUCACAAAAGAUGACAGAAGAAGAGGAGGUGGGAAAUGAUACGGAAGAUAAAACUGUUCUUUACUUCCUAGAGGAUGGAAGAACUUUUAGCUCUGAUCUUCUUUUACCCAGUGCCUACAGUUUGGUUGUUCGAUGUAUGCUGGUGCUUUCAGCCAAGCAAGUAGAUGGAUCGCUGAGAUCUACUGUGGUGGCUGCCACUUGUAGGAAACAGCUGGUGCGGUUUGAAAACGGACUUCCAGAAGAAGUGUGUCUUCUCCCGUACGAAGAGCCUCAAAGCAUCCGAACAGUUCAUGUAGGAAGCGGCUGUCUCAUCGUUAUCGUUUUCGAGCGUGGGAACGUCUGUGCUGUGUGGAAAGAUACCUUCAAGGUGGCUGCUUGCUGGACAGACGUGCGCCUUGUGCUUGUAGACGAUUUUGUUGGUGCGGGGUUUGAGCAGAUUUUGCUGAUUUUCGAGGAAAUCGACUCGGCAGACGAAAUCCUGGGAAAAUUCCUCCUCACGGACCUCUGUGGCGUCCAUUACUCCCUUGGAAGAGCGGAGAGUGAAGAUGUUAACCGGUGCGAGACGGCAGAAGAAAAUAUAACGCUGACGAUUCAAGCUCUAGAAGCCAGACUGCAGAGCGGUUUGACCUUCCUCCAGGACCUCCGGAGAGACCUGCGUGUUAAAGAUCACGUCAUCCAGCAGUGUGUAUCGGCUCUCCGCGACCUUUUAUCAGAUAGGAAGCACGUCGCAUCUCCUGCGCUGCAGGAGGGACUGGUGUCUCUGUUGGAUGAACAGAGCGAGGAGGACGAGUGCGCUCCACGUGUAAGGAUGAUGGAAACGAAUUCGGGCGAGAGUCUUCCGAGCGUGGAGAGAGUCUGGCACAGAGUCAUCGGCCAAAGGCUUGUGUUUGGCGCACUUUUAGCGCCGACCAAUCGAAUGACGGAAUCAGAUCACAUGAUCGCUGCUGUCAUAGCCACGCCCCCUGUGGUUGAAAGUGUCAAUAAAAUCAUUUGCUACCCUGAACCCCUGACCUCUGUGCCCCCUGGACCUCCAAAUGCUAAAAGAAGCAAGCUUCCUAGUGGUCCAGCCAUACUUAUCGUCACUGAUCUUGCACCGUUAUUGACCUUUGACCCCAUUAAAUGCUCUGUUCUGCUGUGCUUUUCUACCAAGGAAGCAGGAAGUGCAUCUCGGCAUUGCGAAUUAGUAAAUUUAGAUUUAAAGGGUGCACUAGAGGGCAAAUUUCAGCCGCGUCUCUUCGAGGACUGCAGCAUUGACUCAGAUGAAUCCAGAGAGGAUCUGCUGAGUCUGACGGUUGCGCUCGAGUCUUGGUGUUUUCGCAUCGUAAGUACUGAUCGCACCGUGGUGGACGUAUCAAGGUUUUUGGAGGACGAGUUCAGAGCUAAACGAAUAAAAAUCAAGCCGCAAUAUUUGCUGAGUCGCUCCACACAUGCGUCCGGCGCUAUGCUUUUCCACUGGAAACCCUGCAGCUCCUUCGAAGGAAUGCUGGACGUCUAUUGCAGCGAUCAUCUCAGCUUGCUUCGUUUCCUGGACUCUUUGUGCAACUUCCUUCCUGUUUCUCAUUGUGUUAAACUUCUCAAAACUGGGCAGGGCAGGAACAGAAGCCCCGCUCUCUUUAUGGAGCACGAGAUUCGCGCGGUAAAAGAAGGCGUGGCUGAUCUGAUCCAUGGCCGAGCGGAAGAACCGAGCAGCGAUCUCAUCAUUCAUAUCAGUCGGGAGCAGUGGCUAAAAGAAAGGAGUGAUCAGCUCCGCCCACUUGUGGACGUAAAGCUUUAUCACCGGAUGGUGGAAAGAGCGAUGGACCUUAAGAUGGCGAGCGACGUUGCCACGCUCAUGGAGGCGGAGCUUAACGAGUAUUGAUGAAGUUAAAAUGUGUGUAGUGCAGCAGGUCGUGCAACAGUUACAGCAUUGAUGGGCAUCACACCAGCGUGAAGCUCAUUACAUUUAAAUAUUAUAUUAUGGCAUUACUAAAUGUGAUUAUGGACAAACAUGUUGUACUCCAUUCUAGUAAAAAUGAUGUGACUUUGCAUUUAGUACCAAAACCUAGAACCCUAGGUUCCUGUCUAAGGUCAUGCCACCCAAGUUUGUGAACUAAGUGAUUAACCUUGAAGUGUUCUGCGAAUGAACUUGCAGAACACAACCUUCAGUGUUCAGUAUGUGCCUUACGGUAUUAUUUAAACUGCACAGCUGCUAUUAGUUCCACCAGAUUUUCAGUUGUUGUGGUGCAAAGGCACGGGUUGCUCCCCUGUCUAAGCAAUGACUGGACACUAUACGCUGGGGAAGUGGUAGCUCAGUGGUUAAGACGUUGGACUUCUGAUUGGAAGGUUGAAAGUUCAAAUCCCGGCACCACCAAGCUGCCACUUCUGGGCCCCUGAGCAAGGCCCUUAACCCUCAACUGCUCAGUUGUAUAAAUGAGAUAAUUUAUACCAUUAUAUACAAUUGGGUGUCUGCCAAAUGCCGUAAAUGUACAGACUGGACACUCAGCCGAUUCAAUGACGUGCCUUUCCAAAAGCAGGGUCUAAUCCUCAUGAGCACUACUGAGUGGUGUUCAGCUGUAGGUUACCUGCACGGCAGCUACCUGGGUAUCACCGUGUACGUUCUUCUUACCCUAGAAGGUCAACAUCACCCCCCUGAUGGUGUGAGGCUGGCAGGUUCCUCAUGAGCGAGUUGGUUCCUCGUGAUCAUGUGGCACGGGGUAUCCAGUCAUUAAAUACUGCCCCGGGUAGAAGGGGUGAAAUAGAGAGGUAGUUGCAAGGGUUUCCUGUCUCUCAGAGCUGCCUCCACAGCAAGUACUUGGCUAGGUUCCCGGGGACUCCAGAAAAUGUCAGUUACAUUUGUAAUUAGCCUUUUGGCUCAUCCACAUUGUCCCUAUUCAAAGGUUUCAGACACAGCUUUUGAUUUCGACUUUGUCCUCGCACAAUCCGGCAUGCUUCUCAACUAUUCCAAGGCAUAUCUCCCAUAACAUAGUUAUUAUACAGUAUAAACCUUUUGCCUAUGUUCUAGUUUGCUGGGAUUCAGUUGCCUGCCCUUUGGUGUGUAGAGUCUGCAUUUGCCUGCAUUCAGCAUCUGAUCUGGUUACUGUGGAUGAUUCUGGUAAAACCUUUAAUAAAUAAAUGCCAUGUGGAUCCGCCUCGUUGCCCGGAGUCACCCUGGCUAAAGUGUCGGUGAGGAAAGGCUCAAAUCUGGGAACGGUUCAUCACUGCACACGGAGAAUGUGUUCGUUUGGCAUUGAAUGGCCUGGGCAAUGACACAUCAAAGACACAUUUAUUUUUUACUACUUUAUUU